UGCUGCUGGAAAUCAUCACAUUGCAUCUGGUUAGUCUGUUUAAAAUUUGCUUUUCAAAGCUGCAAUUUAAGCCAUCUCAAGCUACAAAAUUAAGGAGCAGCACCAUGAGCUGUUUAUUACUCCUGUUUUGUCUGAAUGCCAGGGUACUGCCAUACGUAAACGCCGCCCCUGUGUAUUAAAAGACAGUUUGAAUAGAUCUUGUACCACUGGAGUGUCUCUGCUGGACUGCAAGCGGCGCUGGACAGUCUCCUCCCCACCCACGAGGACCUGCAUUUGAGACAGUGUCGGUGUCUAGGUAGGCACCUCACUAGGUUUUGAGACGCAGCCCUGCUCGCUCGUAUUCAUUCAUUGAGGGAUUUCUUUCUCCAUGAAUACGACAAAGACUGGCAGUCUCUCUGCAUUAAAUAAUAUCGAGAGGGGCAGAGAGAGACCGGCUGCAGCCCAUAUCCGCCCCAUCCAGUAGAGCACAUGAUUCUCUCCUCCUGCUCUUAAAAACCAUCACCAGCAUCCUCUGGAAGAGAUGACAAGCCAUUAGAUGUAUGCUUUCAUAUCGACUGUGCUCAUCGGAUAGCUACACGCGCUCAAACAUACUACAGUCCCUGGUGUUGACAUGGAGCUGGAGCAUUUCGACGAACGGGACAAAGCACAAAGAUACAGCCGUGCGGGUUCACGGGCGAACGGCCUCCCGAGCCCCACGCACAGCGCCCACUGCAGCCUGUACCGAACCCGGACCUUACAGGCUCUGAGCUCCGAGAAGAAAGCCAAGAAGGUCCGGUUCUACCGCAAUGGAGACCGGUACUUUAAAGGGAUUGUGUACGCUAUCUCCAACGACAGAUUCAGGUCUUUCGACGCUCUGCUCGCAGACCUCACCCGCUCCCUAUCAGAUAAUGUAAAUCUGCCUCAGGGGGUCCGAACCAUUUAUGCCAUUGACGGGUCGAAAAUUACCAGCAUGGAGCAGCUGGUGGAAGGGGAGAGCUAUGUGUGUGGAUCAAUUGAGCCCUACAAGAAGCUGGAAUACACUAAGAAUGUCAACCCCAACUGGUCAGUUAAUGUCAGGACCGUUGCAUCAGCACGAGCACCCACCUCUCUGGCCAGCGCCAAGGCCGGGUGUAUAGAAAUCAAGGAUAACAAGGAUUUCAUCCGGCCCAAACUGGUGACCAUAAUCCGCAGCGGGGUAAAGCCUCGGAAGGCCGUGCGCAUCCUUCUCAACAAGAAGACGGCCCACUCGUUUGAGCAGGUUCUCACAGAUAUCACAGAUGCCAUCAAACUGGACUCUGGAGUGGUCAAGAGGCUUUAUACAGUGGAUGGUAAAAUGAUAACAUGUCUUCAGGACUUCUUUGGUGAGGAUGAUAUAUUUAUUGCCUGCGGCCCAGAGAAGUUCCGCUACCAGGAUGACUUCCUGUUGGAUGAGAGUGAGUGCAGGGUGAUGAAAUCGCAGUCCUAUGGCCGUAUUUCUUCCAUGCAGGGCCGCUGCUCUCCCCGCAGUGGUGGACCCUCAAGAAGGAGCAAGUCCCCUGGUUCCAGCAGCUCAGCUAAUGGUACAGCAGGAAGUCAGCUGUCGACCCCGCGGUCAGGCAAAUCUCCCAGUCCAUCUCCCACCAGUCCAGCCAGUCUGAGGAGACGAAGGGGCUCUCAGCACAGUGGUUCCUCUCUCUCUCUGGCCUCCACCAAGGUGUGCAGCUCCAUGGAUGAGGGCGAUGGGCCGGGCAGUGAAGCUGAGCUGAUGGAGGAUUGUCCUCAAGUUCCUGCUUCCAUAUCCGAGCGGUACAAAGUGGGACGAAUGAUUGGUGAUGGGAACUUUGCCGUGGUCCGAGAGUGUAUGGAGAGAUCCACAGGCCGAGAGUACGCUCUGAAGAUCAUCAACAAGAGCAAAUGCAGGGGGAAGGAACACAUGAUCCAGAACGAGGUGUCUAUUCUUCGGAGAGUUAAACAUCCUAACAUUGUUCUGCUGAUUGAAGAAAUGGACACAUACACUGAGCUCUACCUGGUCAUGGAGCUGGUCAAGGGUGGAGACCUCUUUGACGCCAUCACCUCCUCCAACAAAUACACUGAGCGGGACGCCAGCGGGAUGCUGUAUAACCUGGCCAGCGCUAUCAAAUAUCUGCACAGCCUUAACAUUGUUCACCGUGACAUCAAACCUGAGAAUCUCCUGGUCUAUGAGCACCAGGAUGGGAGCAAAUCUCUGAAACUGGGGGAUUUUGGCUUGGCAACAGUUGUGGAUGGUCCACUUUACACUAUAUGUGGCACUCCAACCUAUGUAGCUCCAGAGAUUGUCGCAGAGACCGGGUAUGGCUUGAAGGUUGAUAUCUGGGCGGCGGGGGUCAUAACAUACAUUCUGCUUUGUGGCUUCCCUCCUUUCCGUGGGAGCACAGAUGAUCAGGAGGCUCUUUUUGACCAGAUUCUGAUGGGACAGCUGGAUUUCCCUCUUCCAUACUGGGACAAUGUAUCUGACACUGCAAAGGCACUUAUCACCUGCAUGCUACAGGUGGAGGUUGACCAGAGAUACACGGCUCUACAGGUGUUAGACCAUCCCUGGGUUAAUGAUGACAGAAUGUGUGAGAAUCAGCACCAGUUGUCUGUGGCCGGCAAGAUUAAGAAACAUUUCAACACGGGCCCUAAACCCAACAGCACCACUGCAGGAGUCACUGUCAUAGCAAGCACCCCUCUUGAUAAGGAGAGGCAGGUUCUCAGACGAAGACGCCACCAGGAUGUGAAAGCCACUGCUGCCCGCAGCACCCAGAGCACCUUCCCCUGCAGCCCCGCCACCGGCCCGACCCGCUCUCCGGCGGACUUCACCUCAGAGUCGGAGGACGUUUCCCCCAGCUCGGCCGAGACGGUCCGCUCACCGACAUCGCCGUUUUAAGCCCACACCCAGUCUUGGCAGAAAUGAAUGGAAAAUGACUUUAAGUAAAAGGUAAAUUGACUUGUGAAUAGCAAAGGAUGACAGUUUUGGAAAUCGAAUGUGGAACCGAUGUGAUUAACUAGGAGCGGAUGGGCUGGUUUUCUCUGUUUAAAUUCUGUGAGGGUAGCAGCACACAUGAACAGGUGUAAAAUAAUUUCAUGCUUUUAGCAGUUUUUCAUUGUCAUUGUUUGAGAUUUUUCUCUUCAUGUUUGGUGCUAUAUGAGGUUUUGUUUGUAGGCCAUGGCUGCAUCUGAAAUCCAAUAUUUCACUACUAUAUCAUAGGCAGAAAAAGUAUGUGACAAGUAUGUCUGAAUUCACAGUACUCAUAAACGUAGGCAAAAAUUACACGUAUGACCUACUUCUUCCGAUGAGAUUCUGAACUUUACUUUCCCAUGAGGCCACAGGAGAGGAUUUGUGAAUGGCAGUGAAGUGGCGCAACUGACGCUGGUAGGUCACAUGAUGGCAUUAUUUAACAUUCAUACUACAAACAUUCUAUAUACAACAUACCUUUUUAGCGGUCGCAAAGUAAGUACUUAUUCAUAAUCAGUAUCUACUCAAGAGACAGUAUGCGAUUUUGGAUGCAGCCCAUACAAUCUGCCUUCGUAUCCUACCUAGUACAGUAAACCGCCUCUCUUUUACACCCUCUAGUGUUCGAUAGAGAGUAAUGCAGGCAAACCUACUGCUCUGUUUCAAGUGAUCACGCACACACACGCGCACACACACACACACACACACACACACACACACACACACAUUUGUUUGAUCCCAAUAAUAAGCCUGCAAUGUCUUACCAUCUCCUCUUUCAGUGGAAAAAAUCUUGUAUGUGGGUUUUUACCUUUUGUAUGAACUUUAUAUAUUUUAAAUAUUUUAGGUUUAUACAUUUUAUUUUAACCUGAUUACUAUUUGCAUAUUUCAGCAUUUCUGAGAAACAUGUUGGUUUCUGUCUGUCGGUUAGACGUUAGAAUGUUCUUUAUAAAAUGUGUAUAAUGCCUAAAUAGUUGAAGAUUUUUUUGAUGUAUGCGGCUGUAGAAAUGCUUGUUUGAACUCAAUGCAUUUCAAAUAAUUGGUGCUGGUUUAACAUGUAUGACGUUGAAGGACUAGAAACUUGUCAGUCCAACCAUAGAUAUAUAUAUAUAUAUAUAUAUAUAUAUAUAUAUAUAUAUAUAAUAUACAAAGAUGCCUCAUUAGCCAUCCACCAUAUUGGAAAGCCGAGCGUCUGAAACUGUAGUUGUACACUAAAUUAAUAACUAUAUUCAGCAGAUGAUUUUGCUAAACACAAUACAACAAGAUGAAGGCGUCAGGUAACACGAUAUUAAAAAGUUACCAUAGUAAAAGUAAAAACAUUAAAAAGUACUAUAGUAAAAACCUGUAAUAUUGAGUUAAUACAAACAUUUUAACCUGAGAAAGGUUAGCCUGUUUCAUCAGGAAUUUAAAUCUGAGGUUUCACAAGCAGAAGUUGUGAUUCUUAAGCUGCAAAUGAAAGCUUGGUGCUGACACGACUGUCAUAGUGACAACAGCCAAUCACAUUACUUUCCGGUGUUGCAUGUACGCAGUUGGCUAGCGUCUGCACUAGGGGAUUUGCGUAAGCCGAUCUGAUUGGCUGACACCUGCGUUGGCGCUUGAAAAGUUGAACAUUUUUCAACUUCUGUCGCAAGCAAUGCCAGUGACGCGACGCAACGGAACUCACAAUUCAGUUCGGCAUUGUAUGACGUCAACCAUUCAAAGUAAAUGAGAAGCACUAACACACGCCCCGUGUGAAUGCACCACUGACCGUUCCAAGAUGGCGGGCACGCCGACGUGUCUGGAGCGGUCGAAUGUGGCAUCUACGUAUACAGAUCUAUGAGUCCAGCUGCUGCUGCUAUUAUAAAAUUUCUUCGUCAGUAAGUUCGGUUCUGUCAGUAUCACUCUUCAUGAAGAUAAAUAGAUCAUACAGCUUCUUCCCGGAAUUUGCAUUCAUUGUCGGAACUCACGCUAACUUUGGGUUGACGAGAGAACAGAAUGUAUAAAUGAUUUAAAAAAGUGUAACGUAAAGGAAAACAAAGACAUGCUAAAUGUAUGCUAGUGAUUUUAAAGAGUACAUCUCAACUAAGAUUGUACAUAUUUGUCUUUUUUUUAAGUUGAAUGUAAUAUUGUAGUCAAAAUAUUGUUUUUUGUUGUUGUUGUUUUUUGCAUUCAGAAUUGAACUAACUAACAAAAGGUCAAUUUUAAUUUGAAUGUAUCAUUUGUUGUUUUUGAAAUACGACACCACUGAAUGAGAGGAAUCAUUUUAUGUGGCAGAAGCAAGAAAAAUAGUACAUAAUUAUUCACUUUUUACCUUAAGAUUGCAAAACACAAUUUAAAAAGAUGACCGAUUUUUAAAAUAAAUUUAUUCAUAACUCUUCAAAUUCCAACAUAGGGACCCAUUUUAUAUUAAGUAUCUUAAACUACUAGACUAUGUACUAACAUUUAAUCAUUUGAUACAAUGCACAUAUUAAUGUUUUUACAUUUUAAAAAUACCUGCAUGUAAUUUUUGUAAUUACUUAAUCAAAUGUACAAUAACACUGUUGACCCUGCCCCUAAUUCAACUCUUAAACUCUUAAAAUACCACAAAACCUGUCCUCACCUCACUUCUCCAACCUCAAAAGCAGCAAAAGUGUUUUGCAACACAACAUAAACACAAUAAGUACUUUUAUUGUGCAGUAUAUACAGUAACAAUAUCAUUCUGCUGUAAAUACUUAGAGGUUAAAGACGGCUUAUAUAAAGUGGGAUCCAAGUUAACUAUUAAAUUAAUCUGGGCUCAAAAAUUCUUAUCUGUUUAGACAUUUAUUUUCAUCCCUUUAUGUGAUUUUCUUGGAUUUUGCACACUUGCUGUAAAGGACCGAGUGUGUCAGUCUUGCAUGUGUUCUGAGUAUGAGUGAUAAUCAUUUUAAUACCCAAUUACUGUACCAUCUGUACAUGUUGACCCCAGCCACAAACAACUAGUCUCAGUGAAGACCAGUCUUGGUUAUGUUUGUUGCUUCUCAAUAUUUAACAUUGUUAAACAGCUUAUUGAAGCCUCAGCAUGUAAAGGCUUCUAGUAACACCGUGAAGGGGUAAAUGAAAAGCACAAAGGAUAAAGAGUAGUUCUUUAAGGCAUAGCAUGUAUUUGCUUUUUAACUAAAAAUAUAUCUGCUGUAUUUGCUUGUUUAGACUAGAAAACAAUCCGUGAUCAACCUAUUUUGAAUAGGAUGUAGAUUGUCAUUAUAAUAAAGGAAAUAAUCUAGCUCAUAUGCAAAUUUCAGUGCACAAGCAUUGAUUACACAUUGUAUAUUUGUAUAGAUGUAUAUCCAUCGCUUGUCCAUUGUCUCUCCCAUCAAAUGUCAUUUAGGCUCGACUUCCUGGAAGAAGAGUCUUUGCUUCCAAGUAGCAUUGAACAGUGGUGCAUUCAGCAACAAGCCAAACCUGUGAAUAAAUGAUUCCUCAAGCAGAAA